GCCGCCUGCUCGCCAUGAAGCGGCAGAACCUCCGCACGGUCUCCCUGAUCGUCUGCGUUUUCUCCUAUUUGCUGGUGGGCGCCGCCGUCUUCGAUGCGCUCGAGUCCGAGGCCGAGAUCGGCCACAAGCGCCUCCUGGAGCAGAAGCGCAGCGACCUCCGAAGGAAGUACCGCUUCACGGCCGAAGACUACCGAGAGUUUGAGCGGCUGGUCCUGCGGGCCGAGCCUCAUCGAGCCGGCCGUCAGUGGCGGUUCGCCGGCUCGUUCUACUUUGCCAUCACGGUCAUCACCACCAUCGGUUAUGGGCAUGCAGCUCCUGGAACUGAUGCUGGCAAAGUGUUCUGCAUGUUCUAUGCAAUCCUUGGUAUCCCCCUCACAUUGGUUAUGUUCCAGAGUCUUGGGGAGCGCAUGAACAUUCUUGUUCGGAUGGUGCUAAAGAAAAUAAAGCAGUGCCUGGGUAUGAGGCAGACAACAGUCUCCAUGAAAAAUAUGGUUGUGGUUGGUUUUCUCUCAUGUAUGGGGACAUUAGGUAUUGGGGCAGCUGCCUUUUCCUAUUUUGAAGGCUGGACUUUCUUCCAUGCCUUUUACUACUGCUUCAUAACAUUGACAACCAUUGGAUUUGGAGACUUUGUUGCCCUGCAGAAACAUGAAGCUUUGCAGAAGAAGCCCCCCUAUGUAGCAUUCAGCUUUAUGUACAUCCUAGUGGGCUUGACUGUGAUUGGGGCUUUUCUUAACUUAGUUGUCUUUAGAUUUUUGAUCAUGAACUCAGAAGAUGAGCGUCGGGAUGAAGAAGAGAAGGCAUCUUUAAGAAGAGCCAGAAAUUACAUCAACUUGAAACCCAGGGAAGAUAGCAGGAAUACAAACGAGAUCUUGCUCCCUGUAGAAGAUAGGACCAGUCAGAUGAACCUCAUUCCAUUGAUCCAUGAUGAUGCUGAGCGGCAGAGGGGCAAAUCCUUGGUUUCUACCACGAAAGUCCCUUCCUUUUGUACAUGUCUAUGUUACAGGCCACGGCUGAGCAGAAGCCCAGAUCCUCCCCACCCAGAACCCUUCAACUGUCAUACUAAUCUUGUUUAUUAUAACUCAAUUUCUUACAAAAUCAUGGAAGUCUCGCUGGGUGGUAAGGAUCACACUGGCUUGUCUUCCCCUGGCAGUACUUUGUCAUCUGAUAGUCCCAGUUGCCGAGGGCACUCCAGAGUCCGGAGAAAGUCUAUCUGAAAACAUGCAUGCUCUUUGGAACUUUUUUGUUUUUGUUUUAAUUUUUACUCUGACCUGUGUCCUGCUACUGAACAUGUGUUUUGAUGAUAAAUUGUGAAUUGAAUUGUCA